AUGAGGUUAUGGCAUAUAACUCAUUUGGUCAUACAGAUAACGAUAUUCAUCUUUAUUACGUAUUCUUAUAAAAAGUGCCAGAAUAAAUUCAGAUCGUUAAAGAAUAACUUUAACUUCUCAAUUAAAGCAUAUUUAGAUGGUGGUAAUGAAGAAUUAAGUAGUGUACACCCCUUUUUCACGGAAAAUUCAAUCCAUCCUACCAUUAAAUCUGUUCUUAUUUCAAUAAAGGAUUCGGUUUUGCCCAGAUAUGAUGAAUAUAAUGAAAAAAAUCCUAUUGUGUUAUUGGCAAUAAGUGGAGGAGUGGAUUCCAUGGCUAUGCUGCAUUCAUUUUACGAAAUAUUUAACAAUGCGGGCAUUCUAUCACAAAUAGAAUUUGAUGGCAAAAAAGAAAUCAAAGGCAGGUUAGAAAGAAUGUACAACAAUACUUUCGUAGUUCACUUUAAUCAUAAACUAAGAUCUAGUUCUGAAAAGGAUUGGAAUUUUGUUAAAGAGGCUUGCAAUUCGUUUCAUUUUCCAUUUAUAGGCAUUGAAUCUGAUAAUGAUUUUGCUGAUACAGAUGUUAAUUCAUUCGAUUUUCCAGGUGCAAAUUUAUCUCUUGGUAGAUUCAAAACACAGGGUCAAUCUAGAUCUUGGAGGAAUGGUAAAUUUGCAGAGAUCAUUUCAAAAUUGUCGGAUAAAACUGAUAUCUCAGGUGCACAAUUGAUUUUCCCAGAUACACCUAUUUUAUUUGAAAGCAGCGCAACUAUUGAUAUAUUAUCAAGUGAACAAAUUAAAGCGUUAAAGAAAAUUUUAGCAAAUGAUUGUAGUAGCCAUUUGAACAACAAUAAAAUUGGUUACAUAUUCACAGGACACACAUUGGAUGACUCUGUGGAAACAGUUAUUUUUAAGUUGUUUCGUGGCGUUCAUAUUAAAAAUAUAAGGGGAAUCCGUUCAUUUGAAGUUCUUGAUGUGAAUAAUGAUAUAUCCCUAGUUAGACCAUUUUUGAGUGAUUAUAAAAAAUCGCUGGUAGAUUUUAUGAAGUCAAGAAAUCUUCCUUGGAGAGAUGAUGAAAGUAACACUCAAGUGUAUUAUAGGAGGAAUAUUAUUAGGAAUGACUUAAUACCCAUUAUAUCAAAGUUGAUUGGUAAUAAUAGUACUAAAAAUCUAAAAGAACAAAUUGAUAAUGGCACAUUUAUGUAUGAAAAGGGAUUUUUGCCCGAACAAAUCGCAAACAGAAUGAAUAAUUUGUGCAAUCAAAGUGAAAUGACUAGUGAUAUGAUUGAAUCAGAAUGUGCUAGAUUUGAGAACUACAUCAAAAGGGAGCCCAUUCAUACUAAAAAAAAUACUAAUUUCAAACAAAUUUCAACUAAUUUAAGACAGGAUGCAUAUAACGCUUUAAUGGAUUCAUUAGGAAAGAAGAAGAUUCAAUUUGAUAGGCGUGAGGAUUAUCUGAGGGUAAAUAAAAUUAUUGAUCAUAUGAAAUCCUUCGGAUUCCACAUGCCCGAAUGCUUCCCCAUUUACGAAUGGUCACUCAUCGAAUACGACAUUGUCAAAAUUACAAUUUUAAAGAAGUGGAUUGAAGCUAAUACUAAAGGUGUGUUUGUGGAUUCCAAAGUCCUACGAAAACUAUAUGACUUCAUCUCGUGCAAUUACAACAACACAUUGAGAUAUUUUGUGCUAAGCAAGGAUUAUGCAAUAUCGCAUCAAGGAAUGUUUAUGCGAAUAAUUAACAAAAUUGAAAAGGAUUUCGAUGCAAUUGAACGAGUAGAUUCUAAUAUUGGAGAAGGAGCAAAAGUUUAUUCGGACAAUGUUGUAAACUUUUACUCACACGAUUCAUUAAAUGUUAGAAUCGACCAGGAAAGGAUGCAAACAUUUUGUGUCAAAUUUUCUGUGCCAAUCAUUGACAAUUUUAUACAUGAAUUUGACAUAAGACUGGCCAGGACAUCCGACACGAUGGCAUCCCAUCAACUGUGGGGUAGGCGUAUUUUAGGAUUGCUGGGUAAAAUGAAUGUUCCAUGUCUAUUAAAGGAUUCCAUCCCCGUUAUCGCACUUAGGAAGGAAAAUAAGAUUGUGGGUAUUUAUGGGCUUAAACUAAUACCUCCUUAUUAUGCAAAAUCGGAUGUUUCGAUUGAUUACGACUGGCUGGCACUGAAUCCAAACAGUGAAACAUCCCCCAAUUCUUUCAAAACAUAUCGCAUAUAUGUUCACAGCUGUGAAUGA